AUGGACCUGGGUGUGUGGAUUGAUCGCAAGAUGAUGAUAAGCCACCGAUGUGAUGGCGGCUGCAAAACAGUAUUAGUUGUAUACUUCAAAAACACAUCUGCUUCCCAGACCACUGACUGUCUGCACCUGAGAGAGCAAUGCAUUCGUGCUGCAAAUGGAUGUGAAAGUGUCUGGAAUGUAAUUGAAGAUGCCUGUCAUAUUUCAGGUAACAGCUGCAAGGCAAAAGAUUCAGUUGGCUGUAAUACAACCAUCCAAUUCCUGGCUGACCAGUAUCCACAAUUUAAAGACUGUAUCUGCACCAAAGAUGAUUUUUGUAGCAUCAGACUGUUCCUUGGGAAACAAUGUGCCAUUAAAAAAGAUAAUAUUAACAUGGAAACUAAGUUACAAUGGAACUUAUCUGCUCUUUCCAAACAUGAAUACACAGAGAACGGAACCUGUUUUGAUGUAAACAAGGAAUGUAUUGAAGAUGAAGUAUGUAAUAAACAGUUAUCUCUGUACCUUAAAGUUUGUUCAGUAACUAGAAAGCAGUGCAACAUGGAACAAUGCCAAGCAGCCAUAAGGUUCUUCUAUCAAAAUAUGCCUUUUAAUGUUGCCCAGAUGUUGACAUUUUGUGACUGCACCCAGCCUGAUGAAUCUUGUCAGCAAGCCAAAGAACUUCUUCAUGGCAAGCCAUGUGCAGUCAACAUAGUUCCCCCUCCUUCAUGUCUAAAUGUAAUUCACAGGUGCCAAGACAAUGAAUUGUGCAGGAAAAAAUAUGAAGUGUUUCGGUCAAAGUGCUGGAGACAUGUGACAAAAAGAUGCUAUGAUGAUAAAGCUUGCCUUGAAACUUUAAUUGAGGAUGAUCUGAUUUGCUCUGGAAGUGCUGACUGCAGAGCAGCUUACAUUGACAACUGGGGGACCAUGCUUCGGGUGGAAUGCACCUGUAAUACUGUCCCACUAGCUGAACAGUCUUUGUGCAAGCUCUUCCAUCACCUGCUUCACAGCAAGUCCUGCUUCAGUCAGAUUUCAAGAGGAAAGACAGACCUUCAGCUGAUACAUACUGAUAUGCCAGGAGAAAAGCUUCCCAUAACAAGGUUGCAUUCUUUAUUUAAUGGUGAAAUAAUCUAUAUUAUUGCGUAUACCUCUUGCAUAGUACUCAUCUUGGGAAUAGUCCUGGUGGCUCUUCUAAAGACCAGUGUAGCCCUGAAAAAUAUUAAAGCCACAGUCUGUGAAAUGGAUCCAGGAGACUCCAGGCUGGCAAAAGAUAGUGAAGAAGAACUAUGUGAACUACUAAUGGAAAUAAUCUAUGCCUGCUUCAGAGAAGCACAGCUACCAAACUCCUGGAAAAAAAGUAAUAGUUCACCCAGUCCUCAGGAAGCCAACACUUGCCAGAAAGACCUCUCCAAAGAAGACCUCUCCAAUGACUAUCCUGUCUCCAACCCCCACAUUCCUGGGCAAAAUAAUUUGGAGAGUAGUAGCCACCAAACUCCAACCAUAUGUGACAUCAGCCAACAACCUGGAUGUCUCAUAAUCAAGUUGGUUCAGACCAUGGCACAACCCCAGAACAUGCGAUAA